CCAAAGUUCUUUAACGAAUGUUUGAGACAUUGGCUAUAAUUUGUCAGACCGUCACACCAUCAGUCCAGAGUCUUGUCAUGUCUGGUCUGUAUAGAAACCCAUGGCUUGCUUGAGAUUAUUUGCUUCAUCCAUUUUGUGGUCCUAUUAAUAGCGUUGGCUGGCUUGUACAACUUGUUAUUUCUUCCCAAUUUGGCGUUUACUUGAAAAACACCCAACCCUCGCUCUAGAAUUAGACUUGUAAGACACAACCCAAAGCCACAAUACCUUGUUCAAAAGAGGCAGAGGGGACAUGGCCGCAUCAAAAAGCAGCAGCUGGUUUAAUGCUCUUCCAUCAUCAACAAAACAAACUACAUUUGGUGUUAAGAGUUUCACUUUUAACAGCCUGAUCCCCACCGUUACUGCGUAGAGAAGUGUGUGAUUACUCUUUCCAUACCUGUUCUCCUAGAGGUACCGCUCCCACCCUGUUUGUGAGCGUUGGACUCAGUAGCCAUGUAACAAUUUAAAACAUACCCUGCAAACUUUAUUUUUAUGCACGUUAAUUUACUUGCAUUUAUGUAUUGUAAAUAUAGAACUGCAGAAGGAUCUUUCAGAGACUGGGCGAUACAGGGGCAGGUGAAAUUUGGAGUAGGUGAAUGUGAAGUGAUGCAUGCAAGGAAAACCAGUCCUGGCUUUGCUAUAAAAUAAGGAGCCAAAUAUUGCCAUUCAGGGGUGAAGAUUUGGGUUAAGAUAGGUACUACCAUGGAAACAUCAAUUCAGUGCCCAGGAGGAAAAGCAAAUCAGAUGGUAGCAGGUGGGAAGGAAAUUGGAUAUAAAAUAGAGAACACAGCUAUGUCAUCGUAUGCUCCAAUAGUCCAGUUCGUGGUCAAUGCGUUGUAUAAAUCCUUGAAUGCUGUGUGUUGGUCUCACCCCCUCAUCUCGAAGAGGGGACUCAAAAAAGAAGUAGUAGGACAAAAAAAGGUUCAGAGAAGGGCAAAAUGGAGGAUCAGAGGUCUGAGAUGGGUUUUGUGUAGGCAGGCUAGGACUCUUUAGCCGGAAAACACAAUUUAAGUGGAUACACUAAAGUCUCCAGAAUCGUGAGUGAUUGGGAGGGAGUGGAAAAGGAUUGAUUAUUCACUGCCUUUUCCAAUACAGAAAGUAAGGGGCAGCAGAUGAAGCUGACGUUGGUGAGGCUGAAAGCAAAUGAAGUUGUCCUUCACCCACGAAUGUCCCUGCCAAAGGACACUGAGGAUGCAGAGCCUGGACAAAUGCUUGGAAGAGAGGUCCACUGUGGCUUACUCAAUAGAUAGGAACAGGCUCAGGAAGUCUUUUCAGUUAAAAGUAGUCUGAAUAUUAAGGGAAAGUGUCAUAUAUGAUUGUCUUGUCCUUGUUAUUCCUUAGCCAUCUGUUUGUAGCCAGUGUUGGAGACAGAACAGUCAUCCAGUUGGACCUUUGCUCUGAACCAAACCAGUCAUUUUUAUAUUCUUAACUUUGAGAUCUCAUUACAAUGUGUCAUUCUAGGGAAGCCAUUUGCGACAAAACUCCACAUCCAUUUCCUCUGAAACACUAUUAAUCUUCCAAUUAUCUCAUUCUUUAAUGCAGAACACUUAAAGCUUCCUUAGCUUUUGGCCCUGCACAAGGACAUUUAUCCCAAGAAUGGAUCCUGCGGUUCUCCGUAGCUCUCCCAACAUCUCUGUCCUCUGCUCCGCAGAUACUGAGACAAAAGAGGGGGGGCCAACUCUUUCAUGUGGUUACCAUUGCGUAGAGAAAGAAACUGUUUUCCGGGUGUGUAUGCAUUCAGGAUAUAGGAGAUACGUACACAUGAACUGCCUACGGCUUUCCAACCUGUGUCUCCAGUUGCAUGAGCUGGAAGGUGAGGGGCUGGAGAUGGUUUGAACUUCCCGUGGCCUCAGCCCUUCAGGGCAGCAGCAUCCAGCCCCGCAGGCCCCGUGUCCGUGUCCCUGUCUGCUCCCGGUGGGACAGGACUCCUUCCACAUCCCUUCGGGACUCUCCCUUGCUCGCUUCGCAGCCGUGAGCGGCACAGGGAAGGGAGAAGGGGCUAUAUCACCACCUUCUCCGUGGCAUGCCCACCCAUAGAUGACACCACUGAGGAUGCUAUGGCCAUCUUUGGUGCAUCACACCCCUUCAUCCCUCCAGCAGGGACCACUGGAGCAAUUCCGUGGUUACCCGGCACCUCGAGCAAGACACCUUUGGUCCUUGAGAGAAGGCAGGUGAGUUUUUCCUUUCUCUGUUUUACAGUCCAGGGCACCCUGGAUGCCACUUGGAAGAGGGAUAAUGGCCAGGAAAGAAGUUUAAUCCUGGCCAGGUAGCUCAGUUUGUGUCCCAGCUUUGGGGAGGUGAGAAGGGACCCAGGUUUGGGACGAGGGGAAUUUGCACGGCGGCAGCUGCCUUCCCCUGGCAUCUCCUUGGGGAUGGCGGCUUCAGAUCUGCGCAGUGGGAUGUGACCCACAUUUCUAAGUUAUAUCAAAAUUAUCCUGGCUAUAGUAGCGAUGGGUGAUUCAGAUUAAAACGAAAUGACCUGAGGAAAGGCAUAUAUUUUAGUAAUGGCUGUUCCACUGCUUCUCUGAGUCAUUUCCUCCUGCAUCAAGAGGACUGGAGACAUAUAUUUUAAUAACAGCAGUGCCAUUUGCAGCUUGUUACUCAGGGCAGGAAUAUACAAUCCCAGCCCCCAGGAAUACUUCGUCUCGAUUUCUUUGAAGAGACCGACAGGAUAUAUCCCAACUUGAAUUCUGCAUUCAGUGCUGAUGUUAAGACAUAAUGUUUCGAAGCCCCGUGGCUGGGUGUCAGCACAGCCCAGCACUUCUCCCCGAGGUAUCAACCACGCUGUUUACCUCGUGCUAAUGCCGGACAACAAUUGAACCUUGAGCUUUGCUGAGGAACAGCAGCGGUUCUGCCUGCGACCCUGCCUGCAAGCCGGUCCCCAGGGUCCCCAGCAUCUCCUCCCGUGGCGGUACCCGAAGAGACGUCAGACGUGGUGGGACUCGACCGUGGGGUUUUGCGUUUGGCCAUGCUGCAAGGUGGAAGAGCAGCGUGCGCCCGGCUCCUCCGAAGGAUGCCCUGCCCGUCCCCGGAGGCAGCUGCCCAACACCCAAAUUUUCGGCCGCAUUUCGUGUCGCCUGCACGGCCCGUCAGCCCCGGCUCUCCGCGCCGGGAGGGAGCAACAGGAAACGUGGUGGGCGAAAUUCUGCGUGUGGCUCCGGGGACAGAGAUAUCUCUUAAGCCACAGCCCUCCUCCCUGCCCAGCCUCGCAGGGAGGGAGGUUGGUUGCGCCCCGUAUUUUGGUGCCUAACCUCCCGGCUAGACGUUUUAAGCACAAGGAGAGAAGAAGAGCGGAAAAAAACGCGCGUGGCUUGCCCCUUGGGCAGGAUAAGGGGCAGAGCAGCUGCUGCCAUGUGAUGCCAGCCUCCCUAAUCAGUGCCGAAGAGGAUAAGGAAAGACAAGGAAAGUGUCCUUGGGAAGACAGGGGGAGGGAUGCAGCACCUGCAGGCGGACGAGCCACUGAGGACGUAAGCAGAGGCCAAACAACAACCUGCCAAGGGUAUAAAAAUCCACCGGAGUGAGACCUCGCAACCACCUUGACUUUAAAGGUGCCGAAUCUACGGGAGCUCUGCAGCAACCGUCUCCAGGUGCCCGGGACCGCCAGGACGUCCAGCCAAGGAUUGGUGAGAUCUUAUUAUUGGGGUCGUACUACGCCUCUGCUUUGCUUUGCCUAUUCCCGCACCCCUUCCCCGUCCCCUCCCCGGGAGCCGGCGGGUCGCGGCGGCGGUCCGCUCGGCCGCGGCCACCCAUCCUCACCUUCCCCUUCCCUCGCUACCACGCUUGGCAUCUCCCCCGGGGAGGCUUUUCGGAGGGGUUGGUCGCAGCCUUCCUCUGCGGGUGGGUCGGUGGUGCUGGUGUUAUGGUAGCUUUGCCCUGAGACGGAGCUGUCUCUGAUCUCGUUCCCCUCACCAUGAUGACCGACAUCGUUAGCAACUGGAAGCUGGAGCAGUUUGUGCUCCAAAAGUGUCUCCCCCCAGUUUGGUCCCCGGGGGCAUUCCAGGGCCCGGAGGCGUACCAGCAGCUAUGCCAGCAGUGGGAGAGCUGGUCGGAGGAGACCAAAAAGCCCAAACCCACAAACAAGUGCAAGAAGCGAGCGGCUUUGCAGGGUUUGUUGAUGGUGGGCAGGGAGUUGUCCAAAUUGCUGAAGGAGGCUCUUGAGAGCGUGCAGAAGUUGGAGCAGGCUAAGGGUGAGCUCAAAAUGCAGGUGGACAACCUGCAGGCAGAGGUGCAGGGUUUGUGCGGGGACUCUCUGCGGAGCGCGGUGGAGAUCACCCGGCUGGAGAGCAAGCUGGGUUACGAGAAGCUGAAAACGGAGGAGCUAGAGAAGGAGGUUGGCAAGUGGAUUGGGGAGACUCACGAUGCGCAGAGCGCGGUGCGGGCGGUCCUGCAGGACGUCCAGAGGGACCGGGGCACUGGCCCCGAUCACAAGGUGUGCCACGCCAAGAUCCAGGAGCUGCAGGCGGAGCUGGGGGUGUCGAGGGGCAUCGUGGCCGCCAUCCAAGGCAAGAGGAACCGGUUUGGGAAUGGGGAGGGGGAGGACUCCCUGGACCCGCACCCGCCUCACUACGACUACGAGGACGAUGUGUGGGGUGCCAACGGCCCCACCAGGCCGUCCCCCUACGCUCCUCUGCGGGAGGAGAUGUGCCAGCUGCAAGGAGGGGAGGUGGAGGCUUCCAAAAUAAAAAAGAGCCCCCCCGAUGAGCCGGCCGGCCAUGCCCCGCUCCAGGCCAUAGACACCAACAGGGCCGUGCUCUGGUUUACCCCUGAGCAGCUCAAGACGGUGGGGAAGAUGCUGGGGCCGUUGACAAAGGAGACAGCGGUCAACUGGCUGUCCAGGGCUCAGCGGCUGCCCAGGUGCCAGAGUGGCAACUCAGUGAGUGACCUGAUAGAUAUUGUGAGAAAAUGCAUGAAACCGGACGAUUUUGCGGUGCUGCCGGGGGACGUGCAGAUGGGCAAUGUGCAGGACAUCAGGGAUGUCCAGCUGGCCGUGCUGAAGGUGUUCUUCCCAGAGGUCAACCCCUUAGUGCUCUUCCACCAGGAGAAGCAAAACCCCGAGGAGCGGCCGGACGCCUAUGUUAACCGUAAGAAGAUGCUCUACCAGAUGGCCGGGCUGCCUGGCUCAAAGGAUUCCCCCCUCAAUUUUGAUAGGCCCGAAUUCAAGGAGCCGCUGGUGGUGGGGCUGACCCCCCCGUUGCGGGUGAUUGCUGGUGGGGAUGCGGCCAGAAAGCCGCUGUCAGAGCUGGAGCAGAUCCUGACCCAGAAUUUUGAGCUGCAAAAGCAGGCGUUCCCGGGGUACAUGCUGGGGGGGAAGAAAGGGAAAACCUCAGCCGUGUCCUUCCAAAACGUGGGGAUGAGAAAAAUGCAAGGAGACAGCCGAAAAGAUCCCGAUGGCAGGGGCGGUUUGGGGAAGGAGAACCAGCAAGGGCUGAGGUUUCAGAAGUCCAACCCUUGGCGGGCUGAGCUGAGGAAGCGCUUGAUAAAAUACGAGAAGCAGGAGGAUAUCGAUGGCUUGCCGGAUGCGGAGCUUUUCCGAAAACUGGCCCUGCAUGAGGCCAAAAAGCACAGCAGCUCCAACCCGAUUGACCCGGGGUCUAAGGCUCAGCAAUAGGGC